GGCUGGAUGGUCGUCUGUCACACAUCACCUAGCUGUUUAUAUCUUACAUGAGAGCAACCGCACCUACAGGUUACAAAACUGAAUUUUGAUGGCUCGAUGGUGCAAAGAUGGAGGAUGACAAAAAAACUGCCUCAGGGUUUGACAGCACUUUGCCAGAUGGAAGACAGGAGAUUUUAUUUAUUUUAUUUUUUUUCGGAAGCUAAUGUGGUUGAAAACAUUUCAGCUACGCCGACUGGAUUAUGUUUCAAGACAUCACGACGCUGCUUCUUGAUCCCAAGGCAUUCAACAACACGAUCGAUUUGUUCGUCGAAAGGUAUAAGGGGAAGAAUAUCUCGGUCGUUGCAGGAAUUGAGGCUAGAGGCUUUAUAUUUGGGCCUCCCAUUGCAUUAGCUAUUGGUGCAAAAUUUGUUCCAUUGAGGAAACCAAGAAAGUUGCCAGGUGAAGUUAUUUCAGAAGAAUAUGUCCUCGAAUAUGGAACAGAUUGUCUUGAAAUGCAUAUAGGUGCAGUUCAACAUGGGGAACGUGCUUUGGUAGUUGAUGAUUUGAUAGCUACUGGAGGUACUCUUUGUGCUGCAUUGAAAUUACUUGAGCGUGUUGGUGCUGAAGUUGUUGAAUGCGCCUGUGUAAUCGAAGUACCUGAACUUAAGGGUCGUGAGAGGUUAAAUGGUAAAUCAUUGUAUAUACUUGUGGAAUCUGGAUGACGGCAUCAGCAUUGUUCUCUCUUCCUUUAGGCUGUAGACAGUUCCGAUGUGUACAUUAGAGGGGCACUAUUGGUAAUUCCAUCGUAGAUAAUUCGUUGCCUGGACAUGGAUUCUGUUUUUGUUUUGGUUUUUUCAAUUUCUUCACUUUUUUUUUUUUUUUUGGUGGAGAGUAGUAAUUUUUUAUUAUCCAUUGGUGGUUGAUUAUGUUUUUCUGAUUAGCUACUGUAUCAUUCCUAUCAAAUUGUUUCAUUUUGAGAAGAUAGUUUGGAUGGAGCAA